AUGGAUGACGCGAUCGCCACCGUCGUCGCCGUGACGGGAAGCACACCUGAGUUGGCUGCUCAAUAUGUUCAGCUUGCAGAUGGCGAUGCCAAUCAGGCAGUUCAACUGUUUUUCGAAAAUGGCGGCGCAGAUCUAGCCGGUUCAUCCACGUCUCAUCCUCCUCCUCCCCCUCCGACAACAUCCUCACAUCAAACUGGUGGCGCUCAAAAUCCUAUCGACCUCGACGACGACGAAAACAUAUCCGACGAUAAUGAUCCAGAAAUUACCGGCUACCGAAAACCAUCUCAGAACCAUGUUCCGUCCCACCCAACAGGACCAUCGCAAUUUGAAGACGAUGAGGCCAUGGCAAGACGAUUACAAGAGGAAAUGUAUGGUGAAGGGGGCAUGGAGGACUCGAUACGCGCGCCAAUCGCUAGACAAGCAGAGACCUUGGUCGGGCCUGGAGCAGAACCGAUGCCGAUGUCUGGCUCUGGUUAUGAUGCCAUUCAAGACCGGAUACAAGCAUUUGAAAGAAGGCGCAUGCAACGUCAGCAUAUCCAUCAAUUUACAAGGUACAUGGCUAAUCUUUUGGCAGAGCGCGCUGGAAUCUUCAACCAAUACCAACCUCAAUCUAGCAUCUGGGACAUGGACACGGACGAUGAGCCCAACCGAGAUGUACUUGCAGAGUCGACAGGUGGGGCAUCCGAGGCUUCGUCCAGAUCAAAUCGGCUUGCCAGGCUAUUCCAACCUCCAUGGGAUUUGAUGUUCAAGGGAGAAUGGGAAGGCGCAAGAGAGGCCGGAAAGGACUCCAAGAAGUGGUUGCUGGUCGACAUUCAGGAUCCGUCGAUAUUUGAUUGCCAGGCUCUCAAUCGUGAUCUCUGGAAAAACGAGGGCAUCGUGGAAACAGUCAAGGAAAACUUUGUCUUUCUCCAGUACAACAAAAACGAUCCGAGAGCGAUGCAAUACAUCCAGUACUAUUUCCCAGCCCACGACAACCCGAACGAAUACCCUCAUGUUGCCAUUGUCGAUCCACGGACGGGUGAACAAAUCAAACUUUGGUCUCGAAAAGUGCCGUCAGCUGCAGAAUUUUUGAUGCAACUACACGAAUUCUUGGAUCGAUAUAGUCUGGACAACAAUGCACGAAACCCCGUGGCCAAACGAAAAUCCGAAGCCAAAAAAGUGAAACCGGUGGAUCAGCUUACUGAAGAAGAGAUGUUGGAGAGGGCGUUGCAGGCCAGUCUGGCAUCACAGAGUCAAGAAAACCCGCCGCCAGCUGAAGAUCCUGAUGAUCUCACGCGAAGUAUAGGCGACUUGCGAGAAGCAGAAGGCCCAACCAUCGACAAUGUCAUGGAUGUUGAGGAGAAUGGACGAAAUACAACCGCGGAGUCAAGCGCAUUUUCACAAAUUCCCUCGAAUCGUCCUCACGUCGAACCAGCGGCCGGACCCGGUGUGACAAGAAUCCAAAUUCGACAUCCAGGCGGAAGAAUUGUUCGACGUUUUGCUCAAGAUGACCCCGUGCAGCGAAUUUACGAAUACCUCAAGGCUGAACCACUUGAAGGCAAGGAGGGGAUGGAUUUUGAGUUGGUUUCUAUGGGCAAGAAUCUUAUGGAUGCUCGACAGGAUUCGAUUGAGAGCGCAGGAUUGAAGAACGGAACGGUGAUGGUGGAAUUCGUGGAGUAA